CAUCCUCGACUCGCAAGGUACAUGGGGCGGUGUGAUGACAACGGCUGGUUCCUGCUGCUGAGGGAGUUUGCCGAGUUUGGGACCCUCCAUGGCGCCUUCGAGAACCUCGAGGGUCAGAUCUCCUGGGAGCACAAGGCAGUGAUGAUGCAGCAAAUCGCGCAGGGCAUGGAGUUUCUUGCAGAGAAUGGUGUCUUGCACCAAGAUCUCUCAACACGGAGCGUGCUGCUCUUCGGCUUCAACCAGAAGGAUGCGGAGAAGACCUCUGUAAAGGUGGCGGACUACGGGCUGUUAACAGGAAGCAACCAUUGCACUUACAGCAUGGAAGCAAUUAUGAAUGGACGGCUGUCGUUUAAUACCAAUGGUCGGCCAGUUCGCUACAUGUCACCCGAGGCGAUCAAGAAGAGGCAAUACACGGAGAAGAGCGACGUGUGGGCGUUCGGCGUAACGUGUUGGGAGAUCAUGACUUCAGGCAAGACCCCUUACUUUCACAUUGCAGACGAUGAAAGUGUGUCUGCAUAUGUGUGCGAUGGUGGGCGGCUGCGAAGGGAAGAGAUAGACGAAGGAUGUCCUGACAGGGUCUGGGAGCUGGUUCAAUGCUGCUGGAAGGAAAACGACGAGAACCGCCCUAAGUUCUCUGAGUUGGUG